CUCUCAUCUAAGCGACCCGCCAGCUCCCUCCUCACCCCCUACACGCCAGGGAGUUAGAGCAUCCAUGUACAUUUGCUAUGACAUACAUCAGUGUUGAUGAGAGACAGGAACACUGCCGGGUGAUUCUCAGCUGCCAGAAUAAUCAGCUGUACGCACAACAUGGCUUAAAGGAUUUUGCAGGUAGCAGCAUGCAUCCACUAAAGAACUUAGACACGCAGUUUUUUGCUGGGGACUUCGGCCCUGUAGACUCCUGUCACGUAGGCAAGGCAACCUUGGCCAGUGCCUCAGAAACCCGGCUGUACCGCAGUGUGGAGAACCUGCACUGGGCGACCGUCGCCGACGCUGGCCUGUACUCGCCCUGCCGGAGCCUGGAUAACGAGUUCAUUUUCCACUACAAAGGCACCAGUCACUGGUCCGACGGCUCUGCCGCGGGGGACCCAGCGCAGAGCACGGCGGACCCUGGCAGGCACCUUCCACUCCAUGCCACGCGAACGCCGAGGCCGGCGCGAAACGUACCUCUCCUGCCUUUUGCCAAAGUGCCUCAGUGGCUUUUACCUCCGGCGGAGGAGAGAGCCCUGCACGGGGAUGCCAAAAGAGAGCUGAAGGAGAAGCUGAGGCUGCACAGCGCCAAGGCGGUGGAGCCCUGCAAGCCCGUGCGUCCCCAGGCAUCCCUGACCGAUCUGGUCGGCCGGGAGCUCUCCGAAUGCCAGACGAGCCGGGAGUACAAGAACGGAUGCUCUGUGAACUGUUGCGCGGUGUUCGUGGAGCACGCUGCCUUCGGCCCCAGCCCUGCAUCAGGGCCGGGGAAGCCGAGGCCAUGCUUGUCGCGCUGGAUUACCAGUCCGGAGGACAUCAAGCAGGAGGCUCGGAGGAGGUUGCAGCUCCGGAGGCAGAAUAGCUCUCCCAAUCUGACUCUCCUGCAUGCCUGGGAAAGCCAAGAGAUUGCCAAAUCCAGAACAGCUGAGUCCCUGAGGGGGUGCGAUAGGGACGUUGACACCAAAGGGACAUUAGAGCUGAGCAAGAAAGGGCAUUGCAGAGGGAGGCUCUACAUACCCACCUUUGAGGAGUUCAAGAGGAUGAGGAGCAAAGAGAUGUGUCCAUCUGUCGGCAGCCACGGGCCAGCAAAGCACAUGAGUGAGGGGCUGCCUUCCAGCCAGACCCUGGGACGAGAGAGCAAGGUGGAUGCCUGUCUAGACUCUCCACAGGAAGCCCUGGAAACCAAACCGGCCCAGGAAACCGCCGUCGUGGCCGAUGACUAUGACAGCGUGUUUCACGAAGGCCACGUCCCCUCUGGCUUUGCCCAUUAUCCAGACAUUACAACCAUGUGGGAUGGCUUCAGCACCAUGAGCACUUCUGGGGCCUGCCAGCACCUGCUGAAGGAUGAGACCUUUGAGAUGUCCCCCAUCUGCUCGAGCCCGAUUCCCAGAUCACCUUUGCAGUCAGUAGCACGCCGCAGGGAGGGGCAGGUCUUCGGCGACAAGCCGCAGGGACUAGGCACAAAGCAAUUCAGUGGAGUCCUUCACUUUGCUGAGCAGUCGCUGGCUUCUGAAGCCCCAUCUUCUUGUUGUCCGUCGCUGCUGUUAGAGGCCACAGACCUGUCAAGCUAUGGAGCUAAGCUACAAAAAAUGAAGGAUGAAUUCAUAGGCUCAGCACUGGAUCUUAUUAAGAAAAGCUGCAGCACUGAGUCUGCCAUUGAGUCCCCAUCCAAGGGACCAUGUGACCAGGGGAAAGCUGAUCUCUCAUCUCCAGAGGACAGCAAUCAGUCUACCGAGAUUCCCAUGGCAACACAGACAUGGAACAAGCCAAAUAAUGAGACACCUGGUGAUGCUCUACCUGCAGCAAGUAGCUCGAGCCCCAGUGGCCGCAGAUCAAGCUCGGACAUGGCCCAUGAGGCGGCGGAGUGUGCCAAGGCCCAGCGGGAGUGCCGCCUGCGGCCUCACUUCAGCGACCCCAUGCCUGCCGAUGCCGUGAAGAGGAAACAGCUGGAGCUGAAGAUCGCCGCUGCUGCUCGGCAGCACGCCCACAAGCGACGGCAGGAGAGAGACACAGGUCCCGUGGUGGCCAAAGCCAACGUGGGCCACGGCUGCAGCUUUGAUGAGAGCAGCUACAUGCUGAGCAGCUCCCUGCGAUCCAAGCACCGCUGGAGCAACGUCAGUAGCCUGAGCGCUGACAGCGGCAUCGCCAGUAGGAGCGAUGACAAGGACAAUGAUCCUGCCAGGACCAGGUCGGCAGAGGUGGAGCGGGCGGACAGCGGCAUCGACCAGGCUUCGGCCAGGAAAUGGAAGAGCAGAGCCUCUGAGACGCUGAGCUCCCUGCAGGCCUGGGAGGCGCACAGGCCAUGCACCGACUGCGGGGAGAGGGAUUUCCCGCCGGAGACAGAUGCCCAGAACCGCAACAAGAGACGGGACAACCUGUGCGAGAAGUGCCUGAAGCGCAGGACCGAGCGGAAGGAGUCGAUCCUGGAGUUUGUCAACACGGAGGCCAGCUAUGGCGAGGACCUGCGGAUCAUCAAGGAGGAGUUUUACCUGCCCAUGCAGGCAGCUGGGCUGCUGACCCCGGAGCAGCUGCUGGGCGUGUUCAGCAACAUCCAGGAGCUGAUCGACCUCAAUGAGAACUUCCUGGAGAUACUGCAGGAGGAGAUCGACCAAGCCUUUGAUCAGGGUGACGAUGAUCUCAUGACCGUGUGCAUUGGUGAGGUAUUCCUGGAGUUUGUCAACAUGCUGCCUGCCUUUCAGACCUAUUGUCUCCAGCAGUCGUCCUCCGUGAACAUGCUCAACACCCUGGAGAAGGAGAAAGAGCUGCUCAGAAUAUUCCUCAAUGUUUCCCAGAACGACAACACAGCACUGCGGCGCAUGAACCUGAGGUCCUUUCUGAUGGCUCCUUUGCAGAGAGUCACCAAAUACCCGCUUCUGCUCAGCCGCAUCAUCAAAGCAACCAUCGAGUAUCACCCAGAUCACAGCAGCCUACGGGAAGCCAAGUGCCGCAUUGAGUCACACCUGGAGCACAUCAACAUGAAAACCAAGCAAGAAGGGAACUCGUGGACCCUGCGCUCCUUCCGCCAGGAUAGCAAGAAGAGGAGGGAAGUCAUCAACAUUGAGAUGAGGGAAACUGCCAUCAAAACCACGACCUGGCUGCGGGAAGAGACGCGCUUCGUGAUGGAGGGGCCUCUGCAGCUGGCCCAGCCGCCGGACGGCCAGUGGGUCAAAAAGGGCAGCAAGACCUUGAAGUUUCAGAACAUGCAGGUGCUUCUCAUGGUCAACAUGAAGCGAGCUUCUGAGUCCAGCCUGGAGUCUGCCGAGCUGGGACUGGUGAAAGAUGCGGUGCUGGUGCUCAUCAGGGACAAGAAUAACGGGAAGUUCAGUUUGCUCAGGGAGCCCUUGCGGCUGAGUAACUGCGUCGUUUCUGCAGAUCCCGACUGCGACGACACGUUUGAACUCAUUGAGAUCAGGCGGGAGGCCUUUGUGUUCCGGGACAGUGACAGGGCACGGACUCACCACUGGUUCAGGCAGAUCAGGAGGUAUUCGAGAGAGCUGGGCUCUUGGAAGAAGCGCCGUAAUGCUCUGCCCAACAUCAUGAUAAGCACAUCCCACAACCGGUCUUGAAAGCUUGGGAAAGACUCAUGUUGGGAAGGACUUGGCUAAGCCAGCCAGACCUGCACAGAAACAUUGCCGGGCUCUGUGGAUUCAAUUAAUCUCUGGUGCAACUCCCUCAAAGUCAGCAGAGUUAAACUGGGGGUGAGUUUGGUCCAACAAGGCCGAUCAUUUGCAAACAGGCUGGGAACCAGACGUUACAGUCUCACCUUGGAGUCCAGCAAGACUGGCUUACGGCCUAGUUGAGACAGACUUGCUUACGAUGAACAGGCUCCUUGUGAAGAUCAGUUCUCUGGAAAGAAGCAUAACUUGUUAACAGCACACAAAAGAAAAAGUUGUAAUACACAUUGCAUGAUGAUGCUGAAGAACUGCCCUGGACAACAUGAGAGAGGUUUGCAAUGUUGCACAUAUUUCAUCAGCAUUAAAAGCCAGGUUCAGUAUUACUGAAUGAGAGAGGAAGUUUGGACAUGAUCAUGACCUCAUUUGACUGGUUCCCAGCCUCUCUAGCACAAUUCUAUUUCAUUAAUUGAUACUUCUAUGGUCAAUGAAAGAUUUAUUGUUAAAGAAAUAAAUAACUUUUUCAUCUCUAACCCCAACCAAGGAGAUGCAGAAUGUCAUGCAUGUGAAAAAACAAAAAGGGUGAACAAAAAAAAUACAGAGACUGAUCUCUCUCUCUCACACACACGCACACUCUCCAAAAUACCUAUAGGACCCUGAAAAAAGAGCAAUAUCCCUUUAUUAAAACCAUCAGAUUUUUAAGCGACCUCUUUAGAGACAUCAUUUCAGACGGGUGGAAAAUAAAGUGUCACCUGAAAUGUUUCAGGACUGUGGGUGUGUAAAUAAGGCCCCGCUACCACUUCUGGUGAACUUAGAUGUCUGUGAUUAUUUAAAAUGAUGUAAUCUACUGUAUCUCGGAAUGUAAAAAGGAACACUUUACAUUGUACUGUAGAUUAACAACAUAAAGUGGUUUAAUACUUGCCCUC